AUGACGUGUAGAUGUCUGAAUGGAAAUAUUUUGUGCAGUGCUGUUGAAUGCCCGCCUUUAUUCUGCAACAAUCCAAUUACUGUACUGGGAGAAUGCUGCCCAACAUGUCAAGAUUGUUUGGCAGAAGGAGUAGAGUACAGAGAAGGCGACAAAUGGGUGUCAAUGACUAAUCCAUGUUUGUCAUGUGAAUGUCAGGGUGGUAUUACAAUGUGUGUUGAGAUUAUGUGUGUUGUACCAGAUAGCUGUGCACAAAUCAUGAAUAUUCCUGGUCAAUGUUGUCCACAAUGCCAGGGAUGUAUACAUAAUGGUAUUGUGUAUAGUGAUGGAGAAACAUUUUCACCAAGCGGUGAUCCAUGUGAGUCAUGCAAUUGUGAGAAUAGUAAUUUGAAAUGUUUUCGACAAACAUGUCCAAGUUUCUCUAACUGUCCAGAGAUGCAGCCUGCAGCUGAUGGGGAAUGUUGUGCUCAGUGUAAAUUAAUUCCUGUUGGUUCAAACUGUACAGAAGACAAUAUUGGGAUAAAAAUGAAACCUUUCCAAGAUCCCUGCUAUGUUUGUGAAUGCAAAGAUGCUUCAACUUGGGAGUGUUUGAGAAUGACAUGUCCUACAUUGAAUUGUCCACCACAAGAACAGUUCACAAGACCAGAUGAUUGUUGUGCAAGAUGUGAUCGUUGUUAUGUUGAUGCUGAAGAUAGAAGUUAUAGUGAUGGUGAAUCCUGGAAAGAUCCAUCAAAUGAAUGUAUAACAUGUACAUGUUCUGCUGGUGUUAUUGAGUGUAAAAUUGAAGUGUGUGAUAGACUCAAUUGUCAACAAGGAUUUGAAGUGUAUCUUCCUCUGGGAAAGUGUUGUCCAUAUUGUAGAGACAUAAAUAUUCCAUGUCAAUUUGGUGGUAUCACAUAUCAGCCAAAAGAAAGAUGGAUUAAAGAUGAAUGUACAAACUGUGAAUGUAAAGCUGGUGAAGUAAGAUGUGUUACGACAAGAUGUCCUCCUAUUUCAUGCUUUGCUGAUGAAACUCCAGCCAUUACUCCUGGUGUUUGUUGUCCAAGUUGUGUGUCUAAGCCAGCCACAUGCAUAGCGUUUGGAGAUCCACAUUACCGGACAUUUGAUGGAAAGAUGAUUCAUUUCCAGGGUACAUGUAAAUACAUUAUGUCUAUGGAUUGUGAGAAUCAGGAUUACAUUGUUGAAGUGGAGAAUGAUGACAGAGGGUCAUUUGGUGCUGUGUCAUGGACUCAAAAGGUUACAGUGACUGUAUCUGGUAUGCAAGUAGACCUUGGUCAAAGUGGCUUAGUACAGGUGAAUGGUCAGAUUGUUGUCCUACCUUACCUUAGUGAACCUACACUGUAUAUUGAGAUGAGAGCUGGUAAUAAUAUCUUUAUCAACACCAAUAUAGGAUUAAAGGUUCAUUGGGAUGGAAAAAGUUACCUUGAAGUGAGUCUUCCUGGGAUAUAUAGUGGUAAAACAUGUGGUCUUUGUGGUAACUUUAAUAGUUACCCACAAGAUGACUUAAAAAUGAGAUCUGGGCAGAUUGUUACUGAUGUUGCUAAGUUUGGAAACAGUUGGAAGGUGUUUGAUCCAGAAGGAGCUGAAUGUGAAGACGCAAUGGAUAUUGAUCCUUGCACGGAAGCAGGAUAUCGUGCCAGAAAGCUUGCAAAUGCUAAAUGUGCAGUAUUAAAGUCAGCACGCUUUGAUAAAUGCCAUCCAGUGGUUCCUGCUGAGCCUUACUAUGCUUCAUGUGUAUAUGAUAUGUGUGCAUGCGGCUCUGAUGACAGUUGUUUAUGUGAUAUUUUAUCAGCUUAUGCUGCCGAAUGUAGACAGUCAGGUGUUUCUCUACUAUGGAGAUCAUCGUCUCUCUGUGCAAUUCGCUGUCCAGAAGACCGUGGUCUUAUGUUUGAUGAAUGUGGACCACCUUGUUCACGUACAUGUGAAAACAAAGAUGUUCCUCUGGGAGUGAUAGAAGCCCAAUGUUUCAGACCUUGUAUACCUGGAUGUCAAUGCCCAGCUGAUAAAGUCUUAUUUGAUGCAAGAUGUAUUGAUCCUGAACAAUGUCCACCAAUUAUUUACGGUAAUACAACGUUAUCGUCGUACAAAACAGAAGACAACAGCGUUUAAAUGCCUUAUACUUAUGUCAGGAAUAACAAACAUAUAUACAUUAAGUUUCACUUCUUUUGAUAAAUAAGUAAUGUAAGUUCUUAUUUUUUAGUCAAAUUGUAAUCUAAGUAACAAAUAAUAAAUAUACUGGUAUUAUUCAAUAUGCUGUAUGAUUGGAA